AUGGCGAUCCCUAGAAGCCACGUGUUUUGUAGUGUAUUAUGGCGUGGUGUUACGAUGGAGGAUACAAAUACACUUCGAGACAUGGAAUGUUUCAGAUCAGCAUGGUUAAUUUGUGAUGACAUUUCUAUUGAGUCUCGGUGUAGUUCGAUUCCAACAACUCUAGGUAAGCUCCGUAUAGGAGAACCUGUUGUAGUAGGAGAUUCAUAUGGUCCUCCUAAUGUUGAGCUGAAUUUUUCAAAAUAUGAUGAUCGGUGGGCUCAAAAGCAAACAAAAAUCAUGUCACUGACCACAAGAUGCAAGACUAUUGAUGGUGAUCUAAAGUCAAAGGAAGUGCCCACGAGUUUUGGAUUUGAUACAACGUGCAAGAUUUGCACAGAGAUGAUCGGCAAUAUUAUGACUAAUCCUCGCUCUACUAGAAAAUACCACCACUUCGUAAAGAUUAUGGGGCGUGCUGCUUCCUUGGAGUGUGCUUUGCAGACUCACCCCAAUGUUACUAUUAUCGGAGAAGAGGUUGCUGCCAAAAAACAAACAUUGGAAAAUGUAACAGACUACAUUACUGAUAUCAUCUGCAAACGGGCAGAACUUGGUUAUCAUUACGGAGUUAUACUUAUUUCCGAAGGUCUCCUUGAUUUCAUUCCUGAGGUGCAACAGCUUAUUGCCGAGCUAAAUGAAAUCCUAGUUCAUGAUGUUAUAGAUAAAGUUGGGGCAUGA